AUGGGGCUACAUUUGGUGCCAGUGGUGGGUCAAUUGAAAAAUCCUCGAAAUGUUCUCAUAAGAAUUUCGAAUGAGGAGGACUUCAAUAGUGUGAUGGUUCGAGGGAAUUCUGAGGUGGAAGGGGUACUGUAUAGGGUGUUUCAUUGGAUGCCAAAUUUCAUUGAGGAAGAAGACUCCCCUUGGGUUCCGGUUUGGUUAACCUUAUCAGGUUUGCCUCCAAACUAUUUUCAUGAAUCGAUUUUACGAAGUAUUGGAGGGGGUUUUGGACGUUUCUUGAAGAGGGAUAAUGUGACUGCCUGUGUGACUCAUUCGGAGGCAGCGCAUAUUUGUGUGGAAAUGGAUGUUUCUAAGCCAUUGAGGCAUUCAUUCUGGUUGGAUAAUUCGGGGCUGGAAACUAGUCAUUGCCAAGAGGUGAUUUUUGAAAUGCUUCCAGCGUUUUGUUUGCUUUGUAGGAAGCAAGAUCAUCACGAAAACAAGUGCUUGUGUCGAGAUCUAGUCCAGAAAAAAUCGGGAUUGGAAAAGAAGAUAGAGGAAAAAAUAGAGCGGAUGAAACUGAUUUGGGAGGUGGUGGGAGUUCGGGAGAAGGAAAAGUUGGAAACAGAGCAGGGGCUUAUGGUAGGGUCCUCCUCUAAUCUGAGAAGAGUGGCAAUUCUGGAUGCCAUUCAUGAACGAAAGGAAGUGUUAGAAAGAAGGCAGACGAGGGUGUUAUUUGUCUUAUUGAAUGGCCUGGUCCAUAAUAAAAACCAAUUUGAUCUUGUGAGUGCUGAUGGGGUUAAUAGUCAGUUGGAAGGUUAUCUUGGUUAG